AUGUCGAUACGAAAGUUCAAGUUGUUAAAUAUUUGUAUUGUUAUAGUUGUUUUAUGUGUAUUUAUUUACGCGUUGUUUUACACAAAUGUCCAUUCCUACAUUAAUUAUACAAGUGAAGAAGUCCCAUCUAUACUAAAACCCUUUGAAGAACACAAUGUUUGGCUUAUAUUUACAAAAGUCGAUAGAAAAUCACCUCUACGUACAAAAUUUCGGAAAUUAAUUAUAAACAUGCUUAACGUAAGUUCAGUGCCUUUAAAGUUUAAUAUCAUCACAGAUUUGUCAUCUAAAGAAAUUGCUGAACAAGAAAUAUCAGAUAUUAUAUUAAAUACAAACAAACUGUUACCAUACAGUAUUUAUGAUUUUGAUUUGUGUGCCAUUAAAAUUAAAAAUAUUGUUGAUGUUAUGACACCACAUUUUAGCUCCAGACCAGGGAGUUAUUAUAGUAGUGCUUUGUUUUAUUUAUCUUUGGGUUUGCACCGAAUAGCACCUGAGAACCAAGAAAAAGCAAUAAUGUUGGAUUGUGAUUUAUAUUUUAAGGAUGAUGUCGCUUUAUUGUUUAAAGAAUUUUACCAUUUUAAACCUACAGCAUUAUUUGGUUUGGCUCCGGAAUUAACUACAGUGUACCUUCAUAUCUUGCAAUCUUUUAGAAAAAGCAACAAAAACAGUACCUUUGGUAACUACUACCAUGAAAACGACAUAUCUGGUAAUUCAGUGCACCCAAAGGGCUUCCAGGGUUAUAAUUCAGGUGUUCUGUUGUUAAACUUAAAGAAAAUACGAAAUUCAAAGGAAUACAAUGAAAUUUUAUCAAAACAAUCUGUAGAUGGUAUGGCAGAAAAGUAUAAGUUUAGAGGUCACCUGGGUGAUCAGGAUUUUUUUACUUUGAUGGGUUACGAACACCCUGACUUAAUUCAAACCAUACAUUGUGGUUUUAACAGGCAAUUGUGCACUUUUUGGCGAGACCAUGGCUAUCAAAAGGUAUUUAAAGAUUACGCCAGAUGCAAUCAUUCCACAGUUGUGUUGCAUGGAAAUUGUAACACAAAAAUUCCUACAAAUUAG